AUGGCCGCAUUAGCGAAGCUUCAGCAGGUGCAAGCGCAGGAGCUUAUAGAUGAGUAUUUCUCGAAGUGCAGGGCGUAUUUCAAUGCCAUGGCCACCAUCAUACAGCGCUGGUGGCGGGGAUACUACAGCCGAAAGAACAUCCACAACUACUAUGCGCGGAAGCGAUAUCUCCAGCAAAUCAAGGAGCGCAACCAGCAUAUACGGGCGGAGCUCAACUUGGAAGCGGAGCGGGCAAUCAUCAUGCAGCGACAGGAAGCGGAGGAGCGCGCACGCAAGCUGUUUGCGGAUAAGCUCAGCAAGCUUCACCACCUGGUGUCCACUUCCGUACAGCCUGGCAUCUUCAACUCACCGUAUAGCAUCGCCACCGGCACGCUGCCGGUCAUUAUGGGCCUUACGGUAGAGGAGCACCUAAAGUCCACAAUCAAAGCCCAGCUCGGUUUACAACCGGACGCCUCAGGCGGCGGUCUUUCCGGCGGCAGUAGUCUCGCCGGAAGCGGCAAGUUGCUACCGCCUCUGCGCGGCAGUAGCAAGGGCCGCGUGCGGUCCGGCUCGGCCGGCCGCAGCGGUGGCGGCAGCGGCACGGGGCAGCGUGUGGGGGAUGCGCCGUUGUUUCCGGCGAUGGUGGAGGUGGCGGGACGGACGGUGCCGGCGCGUUACACGCUGCGUCAAACGGCGGAUUUUGAAGCUGUCCAUCGUGAGGCGCUCAUGGAGGAGAAGAUCCACAGAGGGGAGGUGGGUAGCGGCUCUGGCGGUUCGUGGGAUGUGGGACGGUGCAGGUUGGAGAGAGCAUUACGACACGUGCUUGGAGUUGUGAGGUCAGAAGGGCACAGAAGGGAUGCAGGUCCAGGGAGGAUGGGAAACAGGUGCUCGGAGAAAUCCAAUGUGCGGCGUCAGAUGCUCUCGCACCACCCUCAGGCGUUUGCGAACGCGCUGGGCGCAGUGAAGGCGCCGUUCUUCGACCUGCAGACCAACCGCAACCUGAUACCGUACGACGACCCGUACGACCCAACCGUCGGAAUGCGCGGUCCUCGCUUCACGCCCGACCAGCAAGCCAUCAGCAAAUCCGCAUUUAACCGUUACAUCAAGCGACAGCACAUAUUUGAUAAGAACAUGGCGGCCGAGGCGUAUUAG